ACGACGUACAACAUGAAUGUUUACCUUUAACUGAGCUAACUGAAAUAAAAGUGAGAACUUUGUAAUCUUAACAGUAUAUUUUUUAAAUUUGUUUUCUUGAAGCGAGGAUAGACACACAACAAGUAUGGGAACAACAGCCAGUCAAUUACCGAAAGAGCUCCUUUCAGAGUAUCAGGAAUUGACUUUUUUGACAAAGCAAGAAAUCUUACUGGCACACAAAAGAUUUAGUGAACUUGCUGGAAAAGAAGACAGACACCACCCUAACCCAAGAGUACCUAUGAGUAAAAUUCUCAUGCUACCUGAACUCAAGUCCAACCCUUUUCGGGAAAGAAUCUGCCAGGUCUUCUCAACUUCUGAUGUUAAGGAUGGGAGCUUAAGCUUUGAGGACUUUUUGGAUCUCUUGAGUGCCUUCAGUGAUUCAGCAACCCUUGAAAUAAAAUCUCACUAUGCAUUCAGAAUCUUCGACUUUGAUGAUGAUGGCACACUGGAUUCAAGUGACCUGGAGAAGCUGGUGAACUGUUUGACAGGAGACACAGACGACACAAGACUCACCGCAGAAGAGAUGAGACAGCUUAUAAGCAAUAUACUGGAAGAAUCAGAUAUUGAUAAAGAUGGAACUGUGAACCUCUCUGAAUUUCAGCAUGUUAUUUCCAGAUCUCCUGAUUUUGUCAGUUCCUUUAAGAUUGUUCUGUGAAGUCUACGAAAGAGUGACGACAGGAGGGGAGUGAUAUCAUGGUCCAAAUUCACACCAGACAUGAGCAUUCACUGAUUUUACAAAUGAUUUUUAUGUAAUGCCUUACAUUUAAAAACAAAACAAAACUGUUUUUCAGGAUUUUUUCCCAAUGUUUUUCUAAUAAUUUUCUGUCCAUAUUUUACAUAUUUUUAUGAAAGAAUUGUUAACUGUCUAACCUGUAUUUUACAAAACUUGUUUGCAUAUUAAAUAAACUAUU